CGGGCCCUAGAAGCGAAGUGCAUUGGGUUGUAACCAGUUCUAACCUCUAUGAUUGCAUUUUUUAUAAUAUUUGAUUAAUUUUAUAUUAUAAGUGAAACUUUAAAAGUUUUUAUAAUGAAUCACUUCAAAUAUAUAUCAUCUAGCAGAUGUUCAUGGUGUCAGUUCAAAAGAUUGCAAUCUUCGUCAUCAAAUUCUACAAUCCAAAUACCACCUAGAAUAGAACGUAAACCUACAGAUAUUUUAAAUGCUCUUGAAAGUACAAUACCAAAGGAUAAAAUGGCAACUGGCUACGUGUAUCAUGAUGAUCCUUUCUUACUUCCAACAAAAAAACAAAAUCAUCGUAUAUAUGCAUUGUCGUAUGAAUCAGGCAAAAAAACAGCUAUGUGGGUUCAUAAAGCACAUGGGAAUCUAUUUCCCCGAAAUCUCUCUGAACCAAUGAUUAAAGCAUUUAAACCACCAAUAAAAUAUACUCGUAAAGAUCAAGUAUCAGAAGAAAUACUAUUACAAGCCAUGUCUGAAUAUAGAUUAUCAGAUGCUGUUGAUAUUUAUGAGUUAUUAGAAACCAAUGUUUCCAAUAAAACAAAACAAGCACUUUUAGAAUUGUUGUGCUUUUACAAUUAUGGAAAUGUUCCAUAUAAUACAUUGCCUAUUGAACACUGGUAUUCUAAACCUGCAGUAUUUAUGUGGAAACAUAAUAAACAGGUUGAUGACUUAUAUAAAUUUUUAAUAGAACAAGAUCCUGAAACAGCAGCUUUAGCUCACAAUGCUAUGUUAUGUGGUUUAGCAAAGUGCUCAAGAAUUGAUGAAAGUUGGAUGCUGUUUGAGAAAUGUGAAAACGAAAAUAUUCCAUUAACUGUUACUACUUACAAUUACAUUAUGAAGAUAAUGAUAGAAAUUUAUAAUAAAAAAAAUGAAGAAAAAGUAGCAAACUUAUAUAAAUUACUUAAAUCAAUGGCCAAAAGAGGAAUUAAACCAAAUAUUUGGACGUUGAAUGCUGCUCUUAAACUGAUUUCUACAUCACCAUCACUGGCAGCUGAAAAUCUUAUGAAACAUUUAUGUAAAGAAUUUAAACAGUUAAAUAUAAAAUUUUCGUUAGCUUCGUAUCGUCAUAUUAUAAAGAUACUUGUAGAAAAAGGUGAUUCUACAUAUAAUGAUUUUAUGCAUCUCCUACAUACAGUAUCAAAGGAAAAUUUCACAAUUCAAGAUCCGAUGGAUGUUACAUUCUUUAGUGUUGCUAUGGAGUGUGCUCUUAAAUGUUACAAUGAUAGAAAAGCUGGUGACAUGAUACACAAAAUUUUUCUUACUGGGGAUAAUUAUAAAUUUAUUUCAGAUAGUGAUGGAGAUAAUCUAUAUUACAAUUCAUACAUAAGAUUACUAUUAAGGACAAGCACGAUAGACGAAUUCUUCAAAUUUUAUGAAGAGUUUGUUCCAAAUGAACAUAUUCCAAGCGUGCGGUUAUACACUGAAAUUGUAAAUGAGCUAAAAUUUCACGAACAGAAAGCUGUAGCAAAAUACGUAGCAAGGAUAUGGUCAGAUAUAACUCUAUUUGGUUAUAUGAACCUUUCAUUGAAGUUAUUUGUCAUAUCGUUGAUGGAAAUAGCUUGCUUACCAGCCGAGUCACCUUUGAGAACAGUCUUUGUAGAUGCAGCUUGGACUUGUUGGAAUGACAUUAAGAUGGAAAUCCAAAAUAAAUUACAAACGUAUACUCCGGUUCAAACUGCGAUGACGGGUUCUAUCGUAAUGAUGUUACUAUGCGGUAACCGCAUAAAUGAAAGUAUGGACGUUUUAUCGUACACCAUUGAACAACCACAUUUGUUUGUACCAACAAUGACCAAAGAACAAUUGACUAAACUAUUUGAAAGCUAUAUUUCAAAGGACUGUAUUACAGGAACUUUACUUGUUCUCCAAUACGCUACAAAUUUUGGAUUUCCAGAAGCCACUGAGAUGGCUAGGAAGUUGUAUGAUCACCCACAACUUACAGAUAUUGACCGUAAUAAAUUGAUCAAUUUAGUAGGGGAGGAAGCGUUGGAUACUUUAGAUAAAUCGAAGUCAUAAUUAAUUAUGAAUCAAUACGAUGAAAAAAUAUUUAUAACAUUACAUAUUCUGUAUUAUUUGUACAAUUUGAAAAAAGAACACCAUAUUGAAUCAUUAAAAAUAUACAGAACUUGA